UUCGGUGGCCUAAUGGUUAGAGAGCUGGAGUCUUAACCUGAAGGUUGCAGGUUCGAGUCUCGGUGCUGGCAGGAGUAUGGGUUACCAUUCUUGGCUAAUGUCACAACUGUUCACUAUAUUUCACCUAGAAAUCAGUGCUCGGAUGGAAGCGUGUGUCAGAAUCAUGAGUGUAAAUGUGUUCAGGUGCGGAUGAGUUCCUCUGGGUCUGUAAGUGGUUCUAGAGCAGUGAAGGGUUGGGUUUGUUUAUGUGGAGUGAACACGGUUUACACUGAUCUCUGCUGCAGUCACUACACGCGGCGCACACGCUAAGCUCUCUCUCUCUCUCUGUAAUAAGCCUGUUCUCGGUCAGAAACAUUCAUCAGCUCCGUCUCGUACUCCUGCUGAUGAACUGUGCUCAGAAACACCGUCUCUCUCUCAGCGUCUGGUGAUGUUUCUGUACUCGCUGCUGCGGCAGAAGGAUGAAGAUGAGGAUGAAGAGUCCCAGAAGUCCUGGAUCGAACACAGUUUCACCAAGAGGGAAUGUGUCUAUAUACUGCCCGUGUCAAAAGACCCGCACAGAUGCCUCCCAGGAUGCCAAAUCUGUCAGCAGCUCGUGCGAUGCUGCUGUGGGCGUCUGGUUCGGCAGCACGUGGGCUUCAGCGCCACACUGGCAGUGAAAUACUCAGACGUGCGUCUGACCGAGGGAGAGCUGUCCGAUCUGGAGCAGUGGUCAGUGGAGAAGCACACGGAGGAGAGUCCCACUGACGCUUAUGGAGUCAUCAACUUCCAGGGAGGAUCCCACUCAUACAGAGCCAAGUAUGUGCGUCUCUCCUAUGACUCCCGUCCGGAGGCCAUCCUGAGGCUCAUGCUGAAGGAGUGGCAGAUGGAGCUGCCAAAGAUCGUCAUCAGCGUUCACGGGGGAAUCCAGAACUUCGACCUGCAUCCGCGGAUCAAACAGGUGGUGGGAAAAGGACUGAUCAAAGCUGCUGUCACCACCGGGGCCUGGAUCCUGACCGGAGGGGUCAACACAGGUGUGGCCAAACAUGUGGGGGACGCUCUGAAGGAACAUAUGUCCAGAUCGGCUCGGAAAAUCUGUACGGUGGGAAUCGCACCCUGGGGAGUGAUCGAAAACAGGAACGACCUCAUCGGAAGAGACGUUGUAGCGCCCUACCAAACCCUGCUGAAUCCUCUCAGUAAACUCAACGUCCUGAAUAACUUCCACUCUCAUUUUGUCCUGGUGGAUGAUGGGACAGUCGGGAAAUAUGGAGCUGAAGUCAAACUCAGGAGAGAACUGGAGAAACACAUUAACCUGCAGAGAAUCCACGCCCGCAUUGGUCAGGGCGUCCCGGUCGUGGCUCUGAUCUUCGAAGGCGGUCCAAACGUGAUCCUGACGGUGCUGGAGUAUCUUCAGGAGAGUCCUCCGGUGCCGGUGGUGGUGUGUGAGGGAACCGGACGCGCCGCUGAUAUACUGGCAUACGUACACAAGCAGACGGAGCAGGACGGAGCGCUUCCUGACGGCGUCGAGGCCGACAUUAUUGCGACAAUCAAGAAAACUUUCAAUUUCAGCCAGAGUGACGCACUGCAUCUCUUCCAGACGCUGAUGGAGUGCAUGAAGAACAAAGAGCUGAUCACAGUGUUUCCUGUGGGCUCGGAGGACCAUCAGGACAUCGAUGUGGCAAUCCUGAAGGCUCUGCUGAAAGGCACAAACGCGUCGGCCUUCGAUCAGCUGGUCCUGACGCUGGCGUGGGAUCGGGUGGACAUCGCUAAAGAUCACGUGUUUGUUUACGGACAACAGCUGCUGGUGGGCUCCCUCGAGCAGGCGAUGUUGGAUGCGUUGGUGAUGGACCGCGUGGAGUUUGUGAAGCUCCUGAUCGAGAAUGGUGUCAGUAUGCACCGCUUCCUCACAAUCACACGCCUGGAGGAGCUCUACAACACGAAGCAAACUCCGACCAAUCCGACGCUCUAUCACCUGGUGAGGGACGUCAAACAGGGUAACCUCCCGCCCAACUAUAAGAUCACGCUGAUCGACGUGGGUCUGGUGAUCGAGUUUCUGAUGGGAGGAACGUACCGGUGCAACUACACACGCAAACGCUUCCGCAUCAUCUACAACAACCUGCACGGGAACAGCCGGCGGUCAGGACGACACACGGGCAGCAGCUCACACGAGUCCUUCAGCAUUCAGGCAGAUAAGAAAGAGAAAACACGACACAAUCACUUCAUCAACACGGCACAGCCCUACAAGCCCAGGCUGGACUCGGUCUCAGAGCUGCAGAAGAAGAAGAGUAAGGAGGAGGUGGUGGACAUCGAUGACCCGGAGACGCGCCGGUUCCCGUACCCCUUCAACGAGCUGCUGGUGUGGGCCGUGCUGAUGAAGCGGCAGAAGAUGUCUCUGUUCUUCUGGCAGCACGGAGAGGAGUCCAUGGCCAAGGCUCUGGUGGCCUGCAAACUGCUGCGCUCCAUGGGAUACGAGGCCAAGAAGAGCGACGUGGUGGACGACACGUCCGAGGAGCUGAAGGAGUAUUCCAGUGAGUUCGGCACGCUGGCCGUGGAUCUGCUGGAGCAGUCGUUCAGACAGGACGAGACCAUGGCCAUGAAGCUGCUGACCUACGAGCUGAAGAACUGGAGUAACUCCACCUGUCUGAAGCUGGCCGUGUCGUCACGUCUCCGUCCGUUCGUGGCUCACACCUGCACACAGAUGCUGCUCUCCGACAUGUGGAUGGGCCGCCUGAACAUGCGCAAGAACUCCUGGUACAAGGUGAUCCUGAGCAUCCUGGUUCCUCCUGCCAUCCUCCUGCUGGAGUACAAGACUAAAGCGGAGAUGUCCCACAUCCCUCAGUCGCAGGACGCUCAUCAGAGCAUGGAGGACAGCGAGCACAGCCUGCAGAAGCCUGACGACAUCCCCAUGGAUGUGUUUAAGGAAGUCCGUCCCAAUGAGAACGCCGAUGUGAAGAGUGAGACGGAGGUGCACGUGCGCUCCCGCCGGUUACCCAUCACACGCAAGUUCUACGCCUUCUACCACGCACCCAUCGUCAAGUUCUGGUUCAACACGCUCUUCUACAUCGGCUUCCUGAUGCUGUAUUCAUACGUGGUGUUGGUGAAGAUGGAGUCGUUCCCGUCUCCUCAGGAAUGGGUCGUCAUUCUUUACAUCUUCACGCUGGCGGUGGAGAAGAUUCGAGAGAUGUUCAUGUCUGAAGGAGGUAAAAUCAGUCAGAAGAUUAAAGUCUGGUUCGGCGACUACUUCAACGUUUCUGAUUUCCUGGCCAUCCUGAUGUUCUUCGUGGGCUUCGGCCUGCGCUUCGGCUCAGGGAGCGUGUUCAUCGCGGGCCGGAUCGUGUACUGUCUGAACAUCAUCUUCUGGUACGUGCGGCUGCUGGACAUCCUGGCGGUCAAUCAGCAGGCCGGACCCUACGUCAUGAUGAUCGGGAAGAUGGUGGCCAACAUGUUCUACAUCGUGGUCAUCAUGGCCGUGGUGCUGCUGAGUUAUGGGGUUCCCCGGAAAGCCAUUCUGUACCCAAACGAAGAUCCCUCGUGGACUUUAGCCAAAGAUGUGGUGUUCCAGCCCUACUGGAUGAUGUACGGUGAAGUCUACGCCUACGAGAUCGACGUGUGUGCGAACUCGAGCGAGGAUCACGCUAAGGAGCUGUGUGCGACGGGUGUGUGGCUGACGCCGCUGCUGCAGGCCGUCUAUCUGUUCGUCCAGUACAUCCUGAUGGUCAACCUGCUCAUCGCCUUCUUCAAUAACGUCUACUUGCAGGUGAAGUCCAUAUCCAACCUGGUGUGGAAAUACCAGCGCUAUCACUUCAUCAUGGCGUACCACGACAAGCCCGUCCUUCCUCCGCCGCUGAUUCUGCUCAGCCACGCCGCGUCUGUGCUGUCCUCCAUCUGCAGGAAGAGGAAGAAGGACAGCAGCACCUACGGACCAAAGCUCUUCCUGACCGAGGAGGACCAGAAGAAGCUGCACGACUUCGAGGAGCAGUGCGUGGAGACAUACUUCCACGAGAAAGACGAUCAGUUUCACUCUGGGAGUGAAGAGAGAAUCAGACUCACGUCCGACAGGGUGGAAACGAUGUGUGUGCAGCUGAAGGAGGUGGGAAACAAGGUGAACUUCAUCAAGCGCUCUCUGCACACGCUGGAUUCUCAGAUCGGACACCUGCAGGACCUGUCUGCGCUCACGGUGGACACACUGAAGGCGCUGACCGCGCAGCGAGCGUCCGAGGCUAGCAAAGUGCACAACCAGAUCACACGCGAGCUCAGCGUCUCCAAGAACCUGGGGCCCGACCUGACGGGGCACUCGAAGUCCAGCGCUCUGGUGCGGUGCAGCGUGGGAUUCCUGCCUCCCACCGCCAGCAUAGCAGAGUCUCUGUUCGGAGGCGGAGCUGGAGGCGGAGUCGAGGAGUGGCCGGGGGCGGAGCUUCCUCUGAGUUCUGAGGCUGGAUCGAGGUCGGAUCCGGCUCCAGCCACGUUCUUCGUCAGCACACCGCUGCAGCUCACAGACUCUCACACACACACGGAGCCGGUGCACGCCGCGGUGGAGUUCGGGGCCUUCGUGGGUCACAAGGAUGAUCCUGAGGGUCAGAGGUCGUUCCCUAAAGAGGGUGCUGUGAGCGGCCGGCAGUCGAGUCCCUCCAGAAAGGCUCGGGAUGCGGCGGUGGCUCAGGGUCACAUGCGGAUGGUGAACUCGUACGCCGGCUUCACAGAGUUCGACAGAAACCCUUCGUUCCUGCAUCCAGAGUCCACGCUCAGUAAGCAGGAGAGGACACGUGUGUCACUGGAGGACGUCUCACGUUAUGAGGAUCUGCUGCUGGGGAAGUCAGCACAAUCCAGCAGACUGAGUCCAGGAGAUGACAUCUCAAACACUGCAGGUCUGUACACCGGGCGACACCCCCCCCUGGGGCCGCGUAAGGACUCGAUCGGUUCUCCGUUCAAGCCCAUGGAGAGUUAUCAGUAUUCAGCGGUGGAGCGUAAUAACCUGAUGCGGUUGUCUCAGAGUAUUCCAUUCACCCCAGUGCCCCCUAGAGGUGAACCGGUGACCGUGUACCGUCUGGAGGAGAGCUCUCCCAACAGCAUCAAUAACAGCAUGUCGUCCUGGGCUCAGCAUGGUCUCUGUGCUAAGAUCGAGUUCCUCAGUAAGGAGGAGAUGGGUGGAGGUCUGCGCCGGGCGCUGAAGGUGCUCUGCACCUGGUCCGAGUACGACAUCCUCAAGCCUGGACACCUGUACAUCGUCAAGUCCUUCCUGCCCGAGGUGGUCAACACCUGGCAGAGCAUCUACAGAGAGGAAACCGUCCUGCACCUCUGUCUCAGGGAAAUUCAGCAGCAGAGAGCAGCUCAGAAACUCACGUUUGCCUUCAAUCAGAUCAGACCCAAAACCAUCCCGUACUCCCCCAGGUUUCUGGAGGUCUUCCUGCUCUACUGUCACUCUGCCGGUCAGUGGUUUGCCAUCGAGGAGUGCAUCACUGGAGACUUCCGCAAGUUUAAUAAUAACAACGGGGAUGAAAUCGUCCCGACCAACCUUCUGGAGGAAACCAUGCUGGCCUUCAGCCACUGGACGUAUGAGUACACUCGAGGAGAGCUGCUGGUGCUGGACCUGCAGGGGGUCGGUGAGAUACUGACAGAUCCUUCAGUCAUUAAGAGCGGAGAGAAAGGGUCUUAUGAUAUGAUCUUUGGCCCUGCGAAUCUCGGAGACGAUGCCAUUCGAAACUUCCGUACCAAACAUCACUGCAACUCCUGCUGCAGAAAACUCAAACUUCCCGAUCUGAAGCGUAACGACUAUACUCCUGAUAAACUGACGCUGCAGCACGACUCCUGCGAGGGACCGUCCCACUCUCCGCCUGCAGGGGGCGCUGCUAAAGAACCUAACCCUCUGAACAGAUGCAAUCUAGAGAUGUUUUAAUAAGUCACAUUUUAUCCUGUACAAUUAUAACAGGGAGUAUGAGCUUUUAAAAGUAUUUUUUAAUUUUUUAUGUCUGUAUGAAACUAUAAAGUGUUUAAUAACUGGUACAAUAUCACUGUAUAAAGUUAAAUAUUUAUUCUAAACUACAAGAAGUUGUCUUGUAUAAAAUAAAAGCAAUUUUAUAUGUGCUGUCUGUCACUUUUUGGAAAGAACGCUUGCUCAUGAUACUAUGAUCAGAUUUUGUACAGAGCUCUAUGCCAAGAGAAUGUUUUUAUUUACAGAGCUGUAUGAAUGCAUCAUGGUUCAGACUUCACAUGUGUUUUGAAUCUCUGAUUUCACUGAAACCAGUCCAUGCAAUCAAUACUCAUCUUUAUAAUGUUACAGAGGUACUGUCGUCAGAGCAUCAUGUGAGAGGGUUAAUAGUGUAUCUCAUAGAUACAUUUAUCUGGAUGCUACCAGCUGAAACAUGAGAAUAUUUGAUGCUGGGGAUACUAUAUUAAUGGAUCUGUACACAUUUUAUACUGUAUAUUUAAUAAAACACUGAAUUGUCUGA